AAUGAAGUGGAGCUGGGGGAGCUGCUUCUGUCUCUAAAUUAUCUCCCCAGCGCUGGGAGACUAAACGUUGACAUCAUUCGAGCCAAGCAACUACUGCAGACAGAUGUGAGCCAAGGUUCAGAUCCAUUUGUGAAAAUCCAGUUGGUCCAUGGACUCAAACUUGUGAAGACCAAGAAGACAUCCUUCUUACGAGGCACAAUUGAUCCUUUCUACAACGAAUCCUUCAGUUUCAAAGUUCCCCAAGAAGAAUUGGAAAAUGCCAGCUUAGUGUUCACGGUGUUUGGUCACAACAUGAAGAGCAGCAACGACUUCAUUGGGAGGAUUGUCAUCGGCCAGUAUUCCUCCGGCCCUUCUGAGUCCAACCACUGGCGGAGGAUGCUGAACACCCACCGCACGGCUGUGGAGCAGUGGCACAGUCUGAGGUCCCGAGCCGAGUGUGACCGUGUGUCUCCUGCCUCCCUGGAGGUGACCUGAGUGCCAUGGGGAAGACAGCCUUCCUUGUUAAAAAAGAGGAAAGAAAAGAAUCAUAUACCUAUUGGACCCACAUGUACAUAAACUUUUCACACACAUGCACGUGUAUACACAAGUCCUCUCGGCUCUGAGAGCAAAAUGACAGUUGAUCACAAAAGCCACCCUCACUGGGGGAGGCCUGAGAAGUUUCCAGAAACUCCAUUCCAUCUGUAGAUCACAAGCCAAGCGGGUCAGCCAUGGGACUCCUUGGUUGUGCCUGCUUCUUUGUAUUCCUGUCCCUAAAUGCAUUUUUAACCCUCAGGCCAGGGAAAGGGGACUUCCCCAAAGAAGUCAGACUUUGAGACCCAAUUUACCCCAAGUUUGGCCAGUGUGUGGGGGGCCUGACCCCGUUCCAAAAACACACACCCACUGGGAAACUUCUGAAUAGGCUUGUGCUCCCUGCGGCUCUCCAACCUGAGACCUUUCUCCAAAGGUGUAUUUUUGUCCUGUCCUUAGUAAAUGUGAUGCAUAGAUUAGACUCCUUGGAGAGCCCAAACGGCAACAGAAGAAAACAAUUCAGCAUCAGAAACUUGUCCUUGUGUUAGGAUAUUCCAGGGACUUCCCGUCGGGGUGUAGGUGUAUGUUUAUGUGUAUGUGCCUCACGGUGCCUCACAGGUGAGCACACGUGUGCCUACAUGUCCUGUAGAGACUUCUGUCCUGAGAGCUCCCUUAUCUCCACCUCUCAUCAACUGAGAGUUCACCCCAUGUCCUCCAAUCUCUGAGACUCCAUCUCAGCAGUGAGAAUGUGUGUAUGUCCUGUAAGUAAGAUACAGUGAGGCAAAAGCAACUUUAUUUUCACUGGAUGGUGAUGAUUAAGACCUAUCAGGGGGUCUGACGCUUGGCGCCACAUCCCUCCUUGAUGACCUCCCCCACCCAUACUCCCAGGAUCUCUCUGUGUGAACACCAGUCAUGUCUCCUGUGCUAAGGCUUUAGUGUAGUUAGAAUAGAUCUCUUUCCUUGUUGGAAGUGUCUGUAUCUUUCUCCACAGCAUAAUGUCUUCUGUGACAGGGAGUUCUUUGUUGAAAUUAAAGAUUAUUUAUUUGUGCCCUG